GCCGCGCCGCGCCGGGGCUGGCGGUCUCCGCAGCGGGAGGAGGAAGAGGAGGAAGGAUCCAGGGUGUCUGCGGAGCGCGGGGGGCUGAGGACCACCCGCCUCCCUCUGCGCGGGCGCCUUUGUGUCCCCCAGCCCCGGCGGAGCGAGGGGCCGCGGGCAGGGGAGCGGAUGCGAAGAGCGGCUGGUGCUGGAGGGGAGAGAGAGAGAAAGGGGGAUGGUGGAAGAUUUCUCUCCUUUUUUUUUUUUUUUUUUUUUUUGGUGGUCUCUUCGGCAGCGGCUGUUCUUCCCCAGCAGCAGCAGCAGCGGCGGCAGCAGCGGCAGCAGCAGCACAGGCAAUGACUCUGCCGCAUCCGAAUCGGCUGGCCGGUGGCGCCGGCUCCGGAGACAUCACCUUGCUCUGAAGUUGCCCACCUGGAGGAGGUAAAUCGGAGCGGGGCUUUCGUCCAGAGGGGUCGGCGACGGCGGGGAAGAGGAGGGAGUGAUCGCCUCCCCCAUCCUCACACACUCGUCCUCCGGGAGGAAGCUUGUGUAGCAGAAGAACACGGCAAAAAAGGAAAGACUUUUACUUCUUUCUUUUUUUUAAAAUUUUUUUUUUUUUUAAAUUUUCCUUGCUUGAGGGGGACGUCCGUGCUUCUCGUCCGGCGCCCUUUUCCUCCUGCCUGGGGGCUUUGGUACUGUGGCCAGGUCUGCUUCCUACUCCCACCUCUGGUUUUAAUGGCUGGAUCGUGGCAGCAGCUCCCUGCUGCAGGUUGUUGAGGAUCUGAUGGGGACUCGCAUCUCAGGAGCCGGAGGUGACUAAAGAAAUGUUGAAUACAGUACUCUGCAAAAAAUAACGUGUGGAUUUCUCAAACCUGAAGAACAAGAAAAGGUCUCAGACUCUGGAUACUGGCUGUGGGAUUUUUUUUUCUUAUGAUUUUUGUUUGUUUUUUUCCCCCUUUUUGGAUGUGAAUUGAAGGCCAACAACAGUUGAAGUGUUGGAAGCAAGCACAGGAGGACACUCAUCUUUUUAUUUGAACCCUUGUUUGCUGGGAUACUUUCAAGCUCUCCUUCACAGUCAUGUGGUCAUCACAGCUGCUGUUCUUCACAAUGCUCUUAACACCGUUUGCCCAUGCCUGGAUUUCUUUUAAAACAGCUUUCAGCCGUGCCCCAGUGCCCAUGGCUGUGGUCCGAAGGGAGCUGUCCUGCGAGAGUUACCCCAUUGAGCUGCGCUGCCCGGGAACAGAUGUGAUCAUGAUCGAAAGUGCCAACUACGGCAGGACUGACGAUAAAAUCUGCGACUCUGAUCCUGCUCAGAUGGAGAAUAUCCGCUGUUAUCUGCCAGAUGCCUAUAAGAUUAUGACUCAAAGGUGCAGUAAUCGGACCCAGUGUGCGGUUGUUGCUGGCCCCGAUGUGUUCCCAGACCCGUGCCCCGGGACCUACAAGUACCUGGAAGUGCAGUAUGAGUGUGUCCCUUACAAAGUGGAACAAAAAGUUUUUCUUUGCCCUGGACUGCUGAAGGGAGUUUACCAGAGCGAACACUUAUUCGAGUCUGACCACCAGUCGGGCGCCUGGUGCAAGGACCCUCUGCAGGCCUCUGACAAGAUCUACUACAUGCCCUGGACGCCGUACCGGACGGACACGCUGACGGAGUACUCCUCCAAGGACGACUUCAUCGCCGGCAGGCCAACCACCACCUACAAGCUCCCGCACCGUGUGGACGGCACGGGGUUCGUGGUGUACGAUGGGGCUCUGUUCUUCAACAAGGAGCGGACCAGGAACAUCGUCAAGUUCGACCUGCGGACCCGGAUAAAGAGCGGAGAGGCGAUCAUCGCCAACGCCAACUACCACGACACCUCUCCCUACCGCUGGGGUGGCAAGUCUGACAUCGACCUGGCCGUGGACGAGAACGGGCUCUGGGUAAUCUAUGCAACAGAACAGAAUAAUGGCAAAAUUGUCAUUAGCCAGUUGAACCCUUACACAUUGAGGAUCGAAGGGACGUGGGAUACUGCCUAUGACAAGAGGUCAGCUUCCAAUGCCUUCAUGAUCUGUGGGAUUUUAUAUGUGGUGAAGUCUGUGUACGAAGAUGACGACAAUGAAGCCACAGGGAAUAAAAUAGACUACAUAUAUAACACUGACCAAAGCAAGGAUAGCAUGGUGGAUGUGCCCUUUCCAAACUCCUACCAGUACAUUGCUGCUGUGGAUUAUAAUCCCCGAGACAACCUCCUCUAUGUAUGGAACAACUAUCACGUUGUAAAAUACUCCUUGGAUUUUGGCCCGCUGGACAGCAGAGCAGGGCAGGCUCACCACGGGCAGGUUUCCUACAUUGCCCCACCGAUCCACCUGGAUUCGGAUCUGGAGAGACCGCCAUCCAAGGGAGUAUCCACCUCGGGGGCUCUGGGCCCGGGGAGCACUGCUGCCAGCACCACACCGCGCAUGGCCACCAGCACCACAGGCCGCACCACCACCACGUCGGCCUCAGGCAGGAGGAACAGGAGCACCAGCACGCCAUCCCCCAUGGCUGAUGUCCCUGAUGAAAUGACCACACACCUGCCACCUGCCUCCUCCCAGCUGCCUCCAGCCGGGGCAGAGAGCUGCGACCCCAUGGAGGCCCGCGACAUCAUGUGGUCCCGCACUCGGCAGGGCCAGCUGGCCAAGCAGCCCUGUCCCUUGGGCUCCAUAGGUGUUGCAACUUUCCGGUGUCUCGCGCCUGAUGGUAUCUGGGAACCCCAAGGACCUGAUCUUAGCAACUGCUCUUCACCCUGGAUCAACCACAUCACUCAAAAGAUGCGGUCGGGGGAGAUGGCCGCCAACAUCGCACGGGAGCUGGCGGAGCACACCAGGAACCACCUGUACGCCGGGGACAUCGCCUACUCCGUGUCCGCCAUGGUGCAGCUCGUCAACCUGCUGGACGUGCAGCUCCGCAACCUGACUCCCGGCGGGAAGGACAGCGCCGCACGCAGCCUCAACAAGCUUCAGAAAAGGGAGCGCUCUUGCAGGGCCUAUGUCCAGGCCAUGGUGGAGACGGUGAACAACCUCCUGCAGCCUCAGGCUCUGAACGCGUGGAGGGACCUGAACGCGAGCGAGCAGCAGCGCGCGGCCACCAAGCUGCUGGACACGGUGGAGGACAGCGCCUUCGUGCUGGCUGACAACCUGCUGAAGACAGACAUCGUCCGGGAGAACACUGACAACAUCCAGCUGGAAGUUGCGAGACUGAGCACAGAUGGGAAUCUGGAGGAUCUGAAGUUUCCCCAGAACAUGGGCCAUGGAAGCGCCAUUCAGCUGUCAGCAAAUACCUUGAAGCAAAAUGGUCGAAAUGGUGAGAUCAGGGUGGCUUUUGUGCUGUACAACAACCUGGGCACUUAUCUCUCCACGGAGAAUGCCAGCAUGAAGUUGGGAACAGAAGCGAUGUCGACCAAUCACUCCGUCAUUGUCAACUCCCCUGUCAUCACGGCAGCAAUAAAUAAGGAGUUCAGCAAUAAGGUUUACCUGGCUGAUCCUGUGGUGUUUACUGUCAAGCACAUCAAGCAGUCAGAAGAAAAUUUUAACCCAAACUGUUCGUUCUGGAGCUACACGAAGCGUACGAUGACAGGGUAUUGGUCCACCCAGGGCUGUCGCCUCCUGACAACUAACAAGACACACACCACGUGCUCCUGCAACCACCUCACCAACUUUGCAGUCCUGAUGGCACAUGUGGAAGUGAAGCACAGCGAUGCAGUCCACGACCUGCUCCUGGACUUCAUCACAUGGGUUGGCAUCCUGCUUUCCCUGGUCUGCCUCCUGAUCUGCAUCUUCACCUUCUGCUUCUUCCGUGGGCUGCAGAGCGACCGCAACACAAUUCACAAGAACUUGUGCAUCAGCCUCUUCGUGGCUGAGCUCCUCUUCCUCAUCGGCAUCAACCGGACUGACCAGCCAAUUGCCUGUGCCGUCUUUGCUGCCCUCCUGCACUUCUUCUUCCUGGCAGCUUUCACGUGGAUGUUCCUGGAGGGUGUGCAGCUGUACAUCAUGCUGGUGGAGGUGUUUGAGAGCGAGCACUCCCGGAGGAAGUAUUUCUACUUGGUGGGGUACGGCAUGCCUGCGCUGAUUGUGGCCGUGUCGGCAGCCGUGGACUACCGGAGCUACGGCACGGACAAAGUAUGUUGGCUCCGACUUGACACCUACUUCAUUUGGAGCUUUAUAGGACCAGCGACCUUGAUAAUUAUGCUUAAUGUCAUCUUCCUUGGGAUUGCUCUCUAUAAAAUGUUUCAUCAUACUGCCAUACUGAAACCUGAAUCUGGAUGUCUUGACAAUAUCAACUAUGAGGAUAACAGACCCUUCAUCAAGUCCUGGGUUAUAGGUGCAAUAGCCCUACUCUGCCUAUUAGGACUGACCUGGGCAUUCGGACUCAUGUAUAUUAAUGAAAGCACAGUCAUCAUGGCGUAUCUCUUCACCAUAUUCAAUUCUCUGCAGGGAAUGUUUAUAUUCAUUUUCCAUUGUGUCCUCCAGAAAAAGGUCCGUAAGGAGUACGGGAAAUGCCUGCGCACACAUUGCUGUAGUGGGAAAAGUACAGACAGCUCCAUCGGCUCAGGAAAAACCUCGGGGUCAAGGACACCUGGAAGAUAUUCCACAGGCUCACAGAGCCGGAUUCGUAGGAUGUGGAAUGACACAGUUCGAAAGCAGUCCGAGUCUUCCUUUAUUACUGGAGAUAUAAACAGUUCAGCUUCACUCAACAGAGGAGCCAUGGCUAAUCAUCUUAUAACCAAUGCUCUGCUUCGUCCUCAUGGCACUAACAACCCUUAUAAUACAUUGCUCGGGGAAUCGGCGGUCUAUAACAACCCUUCUGUCAGCAUGUACAACGCACAAGAGCCCUACAGAGAGACAAAGGGGCUUCUGAACAAUGCCAGGGAUACAAGUGUCACGGAUACUCUACCACUGAAUGGUAAUCACGGCAACAGCUACAGCAUCGCCAGCGGCGAGUACCUCAGCAACUGCGUGCAAAUCCUUGACCGUGGGUACAACCACACGGAGAAUGCCCUCGAGAAAAAGAUCCUGAAGGAACUCACCUCCAACUACAUCCCUUCCUACCUGAACAACCAUGAGCGCUCCAGCGAGCAGAGCCGCAACUUGAUGAACAAACUCGUCAACAGCGUGGGCGGCGGGAGCGAGGACGAUGCCAUCGUGCUGGAUGACGCCACCUCCUUCACCCACGAGGAGAGCCUGGGCCUGGAGCUCAUCCACGAGGAGUCGGACGCCCCGCUGCUGCCUCCCCGGGUGUACUCGGCAGACAACCACCAGCCCCACCUCUACAGUCGGCGUCGCAUCCCGCAAGACAACAGCGAGAGCUUUUUCCCUUUGCUGACCAACGAGCACACGGACGACCUGCAGUCGCCCAACAGGGAUUCUCUCUACACCAGCAUGCCCGCGCUGGCUGGCAUGCCCAUGACGGAAAGCGUCACCGCCAGCACCCAGACCGAUCCUCCACCAGCGAAAAGCGGCGGUGGCGAUGCCGACGACGUUUACUACAAAAGUAUGCCCAAUCUUGGCUCCAGGAACCACGUCCAUCAGCUACACACUUACUACCAGCUAGGUCGAGGCAGCAGCGACGGUUUUAUAGUCCCGCCAAACAAAGAGGGAACCUCUCCGGACGGCAAUGCAAAAGGACCCGCUCACUUGGUCACUAGUCUAUAGAAGAUUCAGCAAAAAUUAAGCAAAAAGACAACUAAAAGCCUCUCCGUAACACUCGGUUUACUGUUCUGAGUUAAUCCAAACAGUGGUAAUAUUGUGUGUACUCCUAAAUCUUCAUGCUGUUCAAAAGGAAAUUCUCAGACUUUUUUUACUGGAAUUUUUAGGCCGGCCCGGAGAGGACAGUAACUGCUGUGCCCCCCUUAUCUUCCCAUCCUUCUUCCCUCCAGACAGACUUCAUUAUGUUAAUGAAAGAGAUAGAUAACGGCACACUUCGUGGCCUUCUCAAGUUAUGCCGUGUUUGUUUAAACAAUCCUUGAUGCUGUGUUGCUCUUAAUACCAAGGACCUGAUUUAAGAGGGGAAAAAAAAAAAAAAAGGCCAAAAAUGUGCAUUUGAAACCAGUAGCAAUGACGCAUCUAGGUGGGAGCGCUGCGUAAAACAAGCUAGCAAAACUCUUUCUUACCAAUCCAGAUCACACCAUGGGUUAUGGUCACUCACAACUUGGUUUCACUGCAGCGCCCUUUGCUGCGGGAGCAAACAAAACGUAAACAAAUUUAAUGAGACGGAAGGGAAUCCUAGAAUCCUGUGCUAAAGGCAUAUUUUACAUUUUGCUGUAUUAACGGAUGAUAAAAACUAAUGGCAGAAAAAGAGAAGUGAACAAUUUCUAUGUAAUGUACAGAUACUAGCAUUGCACAUAUAGUCUGCUUUCUGUUCCUCCAGAACUUGCGUCCCUGUUAAUGUAGUGGAAAAAAAAAUAAGAACUUUUUUCUGUUGUGCUGGUCUUGUAAGUUUGUCUACCAGUAGGAGCAAGGUUUUUCAUAACUUUCCUUUCUUUUAUUUUUUUUAUUUUCUUUUGCCUUGUCCACUGCUCCUUCUCUCUGUCCCCUUCCCAUCCCAGUAAAAAAACCUCACUGGGCAAGAAAACAAAACCCCAAACAUCACUUUCUAAGGACCAUUUUUAGUAACACCAUCACCAUUUCUUUUCAGCCAAGGCAGUCUUUUAAUUUCCUCGCUGUAUAACCUUUUUCAGCCGGCAUGUUGCCAGCAGACCUUUUGGCAGACUAGAGCAGGGCAAACUUCCUCAUUGUCAGUGCACAACCCGAUGGUGACGAUAAUCCUGUGGAGCAUCUCUGGCCGACAGCCCCUCAGCCAGGCCCUCGGGUCGCAUCCAGGGACUGAGGAGAGGUUUUGUAGUUGUAGUGGGGGUUCUACAGGAGACUGCCAUUUCCCUGGAGGAGCAAAGGGCCUUCUCGGCUCAGUCUGGUCCCCGGUUUAGGCACUUGUACUGCAGUGGUUUAAGAAGAAAAUAGAUUGACGCAUAGUGAGCUAAAAAGUACUUUGCAGUGAUUUUUAAUUAAAAAAAAAAAAGAAAAAAAAGUCCUCUGUUCAUUAUUUUUCCUAACAGGAAAUUUAUUUAUUUGACUGGAUUUUUAAGUAACAUAGGCUUUCUGGAGGUAAAUUAGCAGCACGGAAUAUGAAUUCUUCUUUUUCUCUUUUUUUUUUUUUUUUUUUUUUUUAAUUUAUGAUCCAUUUUGUACGGUCUCAGCAGUUGAAUGACCUCAUUACUAAUAUUUGUUGUAAAAGUGAAGCUUGUUUGCCAACCAAUAAACAACUGAUCACGAUUUAGAAGAUACUGUAUGUAUGUACUGUACAAUUAAUCUCUCUUAUUUUGUCGUUGUUCUUCCUCUCUCCAUUAAUGUCUUCAGUAUGAGUCUCCACUCCUUUACAGCAUGGGUGAGCAAUGCCGAAGAAAGGAGGCCUAAGCUGAGAAAUUUAAGCACAAAGGUUAUGCAGCUGUGGCUGACUAGAAAAAUCAGGCUGGUGGUAUUUGUUUAGGGGCAAGAACAGCACUGGUUGACAUUUGUUGCAGGUGAUUCUAGGUCUGUUUUGUGCCUACUGUAUAAAGUAGCUGACGACACAUGGAUGAUUUGAGUAUAGUGUUUCACGUGUCAUAUCUUUUAAUCAUUGUAAUUUUUUUCUUUUAUUAAUUUUCUUUUCUUUUUUUUUUUUAAUUUGGUUUUUCUGAGAUUAAAAACUGCUGGUAGCAUGUCAAAGAGUAAAACAAGUCCCCGUUAGGCCUUCUCGGUCGUUGUUUGCUGUCUCUUUAUUUUCCUGCUCCGGGCAUGUGCCAAGCGCCCUCACCAUCCUUGGCCACAGGGUCCCUCCCGCCCCACCUCUGCCAAUGGCCCACUGGCACUUCACUGCUCUCCUCCAGCCUCCCCUUCCAAAUCCCUUAAGUGCAGUCAGGAAUACAGGAAGCCACAAAAUAGACUGGAAAGGUUGACAGGGGAAAUAACCACCUCUGGAUACAAUUGGUAAUGAAUUUUCAGUGAUCUUUCACAAAGCCCUCCCAUGGCCUGGGCUUUGGGGCUUGGUGCUGCCUCCAUCUAAACUGUGCCUAUCCAAGUCCUAUCAUGCUGGGUAAAAGCCAAAAGGCUUGGAGCAGGUGGGUGAGGCACCUGUGGAACAAGAUAUUCCCAGUGCUGGAGGAUAAAUGCAGCAGCAGCAGAUCAGUGGAGCAGUUCCACCCCAUCCUGGGGCUGUCCUCGCACGGGGACCGUGCUGCUCGGUGCUGCUCAGCAGAGUCUGGUGGGGCAAGAGAACCAGGGGUGGUCGUAUUUGGUGAUUUUCAUGGCCUUGUGGUUCAAGCCACCCGAGUCCUUCCUGCAGCCACUCCGGCCAAAACAUCUUGGGGAAGAAACUCCAUGUGGGACCAUGCACUGAUUGCAGCAGUGCCUCUUGCCAGGUCUAGGUUUCAGCAAGGGAGUGUUUCCUAUUGGAACAGUGGAGAAUCACCUGACUUCAUAGCAGAGUAGCACUGGCCAGCCAGGUUAUGCUCUUGCUCUUGAUGCUGCCUCCCUGUUUCAUUUUAUUAUCCAUACCAGCAGCUAUGGAAGUGGAUAGUGCAUGGUGGAUCCACUGUUGCAGGUACGGCAGGUUACUCACACCUGUGUGGUCGCAGCAAUUCAUCCAGCAGCCCAAAAGAGGCUGCUGAGGCUUUAAAUAACUGCGGUACCUCAUAUUUUGGGGAAAAUAAAAACUCUUUUACUGUAUUAGACUCAAAAAAUAGUUUUUCAGGGGUAUGGUGGAAUUGAGUGCAUGCAGAGGGUGAGAUACACCCUAGCAAAUAUCAUGAUAAAGUGGGAGGCAGAUGAGGAACACAGCAUUUACCAGUGUUUCUGACACUGCAAGAACAAACCUGUGGUGGAUUUGCUAUGGGAUGGUUUUGUCCUACUGAAAAAUC